CCCCAACCGUCGUGGUACGCGGACGUGUUGCUGCUCUGUCCUAUAGUAACUUAACCUCAGUGCUGUGAUGGUGCAGAAGUGCUGGUGAUAGUGCAGUGACGAGAUCAGUGCCCAGUGUCGCACGUGCUUUGUGCACCUGCCAGAUACCGUUGUGGUACGCUUCGGUGCUCCGGUUAAUAACUUCGGAUACGCAGUGACUGUGCUAAGAAGCGAGGAAAGCUUUACCUGUAUCGAUUACGUACGAAAAUGUUUUUCCAAAAGUGAUAAAAACUGUGAUAAUACACAAAUGUGAACUUGAAACUUAAAUUCCUAGUGAAAUGAUCUCAAACUAAAAUGGAGCGUAAACUAACACGCGAGGACUUUAUGCGGAAGAGUUUUCGGGCUCCCCGGACGUCGCCGGCGCCCGAGAACCACGAGCCGGCCGUCAACGGAGCCCCGCCGCCUUCGCCGGUGUCUCUCUCCAUGCUGGAGCGAGCCGCCCCACCGCCACGGACGCAGUAUGAGAUAACCUCUUCAGGCAUCGCCCCUAAACGCCUAGAGUUCAACAGAGCUCAUCCCAUACACCUCAAGUCGUUCCAAGCGCCUGAACCUCCCGAUGACACCAACACUCCACCUUCCGAUGAUGUGCUACGCACUUUGGAACGGCAGAUCGGUGAAAUGGAGCGAGGCUUAGAAAGAGCUCAGAAUGGAACAGUAGCCGUCGACGAGAGAGUGCGCUACGCCGAACACGAAAACCUCCUCAGAACUGGUGUUUCCUCAGUCGGCGGGGGAGGUUAUCUCGCUGCUGAUUCCGACACGGAGCACGACGUCGUACCCUUCAAUAGAAAUGAAACUACCCGCAGCAGUACUGGUGCUACGGCUCCCACGGUACGGCCGGCACCCAGGCUGGCAAGAACUCAUUCCGACACACAGCAGCACCAAGUCGCUGCUACUGCUCGUCUCAUGCGAAAACUCGCUGACGGCGGCGCGAAGGAGGAAAAAACUAGGGUCAUCUCCCGAAAAGCUAUCCAAGCGCGCAUGGAAAAGGUCAAGAACUCCGUGGUCGGAACCAAGCAUGAGCAUAGAGUCCUGGCCGAGCACAGAGCCGAACCUCCAUCUUCAAGAACUCCAACCUCGCCCGUGUCGCAACGCUCAUCCAUACAGAGCGCAUCGGAGUCGUCCGCGGGCGCGGGCGGUGGCUCCACGACCGGCAGCGUUCGGGUCUCCUCGCGGUCCAGAACCUCCGAGGAACCGCACAUUGGAAAGUACAAGCUGCUCAAGACGAUCGGUAAAGGCAACUUCGCGAAGGUGAAACUCGCCAAACAUGUGCCCACCGGCAAGGAGGUGGCCAUCAAGAUCAUCGACAAGACCCAGCUCAACCCUGGCUCGCUGCAGAAACUCUUCAGAGAGGUGCGGAUAAUGAAAAUGCUGGACCACCCGAACAUCGUGAAGCUGUUCCAGGUGAUCGAGACGGAGAAGACUCUCUAUUUGGUCAUGGAGUACGCUUCGGGAGGCGAGGUGUUCGACUACCUGGUGUUACACGGACGCAUGAAGGAAAAGGAAGCGCGCGCCAAGUUCCGGCAGAUCGUGUCCGCCGUGCAGUACUGCCACCAGAAGCGCAUCAUACACAGGGAUCUCAAGGCGGAAAACCUCCUGCUAGACGGCGAAAUGAACAUUAAGAUAGCAGAUUUCGGGUUCUCCAACGAGUUCACGCCAGGCGCCAAACUCGACACCUUCUGCGGUAGCCCGCCCUACGCCGCGCCAGAACUCUUCCAAGGCAAGAAAUACGACGGCCCAGAAGUAGACGUGUGGUCGCUGGGUGUGAUCCUGUACACGCUCGUCUCGGGCUCAUUGCCUUUCGACGGCUCCACUCUCAGAGAGCUCAGGGAAAGAGUGCUGCGUGGGAAGUACAGAAUACCGUUCUACAUGUCAACGGACUGCGAAAACUUGCUAAAGAAGUUCCUCGUCCUGAACCCGGGCAAGCGAGCCUCUCUGGAGAGCAUCAUGCGCGACAAGUGGAUGAACACCGGCUACGAGGACGAUGAGCUGCGGCCUUUCGUCGAACCGCAGCAGGACUACAAGGACCAUAAACGGAUAGAGGCUCUGGUGUGCCUGGGGUACAAUCGGCAGGAAAUCGAGUAUUCGCUGGCGGAAGCGAAGUAUGAUGACGUGUUCGCCACAUAUCUGCUACUUGGCAGGAAAAGUACUGACCCGGAGUCGGACGGCAGCCGGUCGGGCUCGUCGCUGUCGCUGCGCAACGCGGCGCCCGCCAACGCGGCGCAGGCCACCGCCGCCAAUCAGCACUCAGGCGGGGGCGGCUCGCCCGGGCACCGCGGCGUGCAGCGCUCCAUCAGCGCCACGGCGCGCCCCAGCAGCUCGCGCCGCGCCAGCUCCGGCGCCGACGUGCUGCGCGCGCAAGUCGGCACGACCACUAGCGCAGCCAACAACACGACAUCCACAUCAACGACAACCACAUCCAAUUUCAAAAGACAGAACACAAUUGAUUCGGCCUCCAUCAAAGAGAACACCGUACGGAUCGCCCAAAUGCAGGUGCAGAGCGGCGCUCGGCCCCUGUCCGCGCAGCCCAAGCCCGAGCCGCGCUCGCGCACCAUGACGGCCGGCGCCGCGCGCCGCUCCACGCACGACCAACCGCCCAAGCUCAGCCCGCCCCCGCCCGCGCCCAGCAUGCAAUUCCUGCAAUCGGACAGCGCUACGCCGGAGACCAAGAACGGGAACGGCACCAAGACACACGUGAAGAGUGCCUCCAUCAGUUCAGCUACAGGCCAACCGCCGCUCGCUGAUGCUGCGCAGCAUAACGCCUCCGCGAGGGACCUCGCACAGCCUAGGCCCAGCCUGAACACGCAGCUCAGCACGACGGCGAGCACGGGCGCGGCGGCGACGCGGCGCGACUUCCCCAACCAACUCGUGUUCCCGCGCAACGUGCCGUCCAGGUCCACCUUCCAUUCAGGCCAGACGCGGUCGCGCGGCGCGUCGGCGGGCGGCGCGUACGGCGACGGAGGCUCCCCGCACCAGGCGCGACCAUCCUUCUUCUCCAAGCUCUCGUCCAGGUUCUCCAAGCGCCUCUCCGUGUUGGGGGAGUCGACGACUCGUCAGAAACUGCGCAUAUUCUCCUCGCUGGACAUUCAGCGGAGGCCGUUGGAUGCAACCACCCCGAAGCAUGCCGUAGGCGCUAGUCCACAAACCUUGCUUGGACAAGGCAACGAUGAGCAGGUGAAGCCGCGAGUUCUGCGCUUCACGUGGAGUAUGAAGACCACCUCCUCACGGGACCCUAAUGAGAUUAUGGCCGAGAUUCGCAAGGUUCUAGACGCGAACAACUGCGAUUACGAGCAGCGCGAGCGUUUCCUGCUCCUCUGCGUACAUGGCGACCCUAACGCGGACUCGCUAGUGCAGUGGGAGAUCGAAGUGUGCAAGCUGCCUCGCCUCUCGCUCAACGGCGUGCGCUUCAAGCGGAUAUCCGGCACCAGCAUCGGCUUCAAGAACAUUGCGUCAAAGAUCGCGAACGAGCUCAAACUGUGACUGCCCGGGAGCGCCCCGCGCCGCCGCCGCCGCCGCCGCCCCUCCCCCCCCUCCCCGCGCCGCGAGCGCUCCUCCUCCUCCGAGCGCGCGCCGCCCCCCCCUCCCCCCCGCACCGACUCGCUGCGCCUCUCCGCCGAGGACAUGGUUGUCAUGGCCAACGGCGGCAUGCGGACCCCUUCAGGUGCGUUAGCUCACUUCUUAGCCGCGUACACGCCGGCGGAACUUUCGUUAGCACGCAGCGACUAUUUACGACCACCGCUCUCGCCGAAUCCUUCCCAAACUAUCCAGCCUAGGUCGUCCCUGUCUUUGAGAGCUGAUAGUGCGGAUUUAGAUGCGGGUAAAGCGACGCUGCGGCCACGAAUGCCGCAUCAGUCUUAUUCGUACAGCGUGCACACGCUGCGUCGGCAGCCGCGAGCGGUCUCCCCCCCCUCCCCCCCCUCGCCCUGCGACUGUCUCCCGACGCAUCCCAUCCCCCCGCCGGAGCUUUUCGACUUUUA